AUGAGGCUGAGUCGAGUGCACACCGGCGCCAUGAUGUCAUCGUUCGCCUCCGACCGGUCGUCCGAGCUGGCCCUCCAGCUCAACUGUUCGCCCGGCCUACUCAGCCAUCCCACCAGACAGCCAGGCGUGGCCGCCAAUCUCAAACAGCUGGUGCUCUCCAGCUCCAAGCAGCCGGCGAGUGCCGCCGAGGCCCAGUCGAAGUUGCCGGCGUUGCUUGGCGUGGUCGACCUGAGAGACCAAUUCAAUCGCACAUCGGUUCCGAACAAGCAACUGCUGGCUGCGCUCGAAGCACUCGUAAUCUCCGGCGAUGGCUCGGAAGGCCCUGAGGCUGGCCCUGCAGAGAUUCGAUCGAUCUUGCUCAUCCAGAUCGUGCUCCGAUCCUACUCGACUCUAUUCGACUCGCUCUGCCACCAAUCCUUUCGGCUCAAGGACCAAAUCGAAUACUGGUCAACGGUCGAAAACAACAGACUGUCGACCGUGUAUUAUCUAGUCCAAUCCAUCCCGAGCCGCUCGAUAGAGUUGGCUGCUCAGAUUUGGGCCCGCACCCGACGCGCCAUUGACCAACUGAGAGAGGACGACCAUAAUCGCCACCGGCCAUCCACCUGGGCUCGCCAGCUCUAUCAUCAGACAUGGGCUAGACCCCACCAACCAAUCUCGAUCUCAAGCUUCUUCCCCAUCCUGAGCACGAACACCUCGGGACUGCUUAACUCACCGGCACAUUCGAUCCAGUUCUUGUCGACCCUUUCUCCGAUCCUACUCACGCGCCAGGAGGCGAGGGUGAAGAGGCAAGCACUAGAGCUGGUCCAUGCCGAGCUGGCCGAAAAAAUUGGAUGUCUGGUCAACGGCUUGCACAACUUGGAAGACGAAGCCCAGCGUCCGGCCGACUCAGACGUUGCCCUGUCUGACUUGGUUAGCAAAAUGGUCCUUGUGACGUCAGAGCUAGAUUCGCAAGCCGAAAAACCAACGGAUGGAUACCAACCCACGGACAUGGUCGAGCAGCUCCACCAACUCUUAUCAAACCACCUGCCCAAUUAUCCAGACAAUCUCAAAAUUCGGAUUUCCCCACUGUCCCCGCCUGGUUUUUUUGCUCGUAAUUGGCCUUGGUUGGUCUCCCUGCCAGUCCUCUCCUAUGCCCUCUCAAGCCUUGCCUGCAGUUAUCGAUCCAAGAUCUUGGAUGGAUUCAGAUAUGCCAAGGACACUCUCAAGGGAUUCAUAUCUGGAUGGGUGAUCAGACCAGUCGAUGACAUCCUACAGACUCUCAGGGCCGGUCAGGAAGGCACCCUAGCCAUAAUGACGAAGGAUAGUCUAGCCCCUGAGCUCGAUAGCCUCGAACGGAUGGUGGUGGAGUUUGGGCGCGACAAGCUGAAGUGGAGCGAUGAAGAGUUGUCCAAGCUCUCAGAACGCGUCAAGGAGGGCAACUUGACUUCGGUACUAAAGGUCUGGGAGCAAGAGAUUAAGGCUCCAAUUCGAUCGGCAAUCGCGGGCUCGUUAAUUCGAGUACUUCUCAUCCAGAUUCAAAAGCUCAAAGUAGAUCUGUCCCUGGCAAUGGACGGGAUCCAAUCAGUCUUGCGCAGCCAGUCACUGACCUUUGGAGCAAUCGGCGUAGCACCAUCAAUGUUGAUUUGUUUCAUGUUUGGUAAGCUGUUUGGCUCCUUAAUCAGACAGCGGAUUGGGGUGGUUGGGAAAGGAACCAAGGCGGUCAGAAAAGAAGUAAGAAUCGCGAUGAGGAGAAUGGAACGGACACUAUUGUUGAUCACUUCGAAUCCAUCAGCCGAUUCAGCUCAUCCAACAGCCAAGUCGCAUUCUAACAACCCCGAGAGGACGUUAGGGUUGUUGUUCUUGGACCUCCACCUCCUGAGGUACUUCGUCCAUUCACCCCACUUCCCUCGACGCGAAUCCUCGGAAGCCAUCCAGCACGAGUUUCUCGCUGAUAUCAAGGACUUGGAAAGCUACCAGUUGAGCUGGAAGACUAAAGCGAAACUAGCUAAACGGUUUGUCAAACAGUGGGGGUUCUUGGUCGGCAUUUAA